AUGACAUUUAGCGAAUAUUGGCAAAAUCAACUUACCGUAAAACAAGUUUCUUCAGAUCAUCAUUUGCAAUUUAAAAACGAAGAGGGCAAAAUUAUUGAUUUUACAAAUUUUAUAAAUACAAACAUUCCAGAGUUUAAGACAGGCGCUAAUGAUUAUUUAUCAACAGUGUUAUUUAAUGGUCAUUUACAGACAUGUUUCACAACAGUUAAGAAGUUCGAAGAUAUAGAUGAAGUAAAUUACAGAAGAUUCAUGGUUCAAUAUCCUGAUGGUGGUGAAGGUGCACUCGAUAUAGUGGUGCCUGAACAUAAACCGUCAUCGUACGUACCUAUUACACAGUUACCAUUCCAGCCACCGUUAGAUGUCCAUUAUAGUUAUGGUACAAAGGAUGAACCUUUAUUAAAGUCAGAUGAUAAUAAACCGAUGCUAGUUGCAUUACAUGGUCUUACUGGUGGUUCUCAUGAGAGUUAUGUUAGAAGUAUAGUGUCACGUCUUACAGAAGAUUAUGGUUUCGAAGCAUGUGUUUUAAAUUCACGUGGUUGUUGUCAAUCGCAAAUAACAACACCACAAUUGUACAAUGGUGGUUGGACUAACGAUAUAUCAUUUGUUAUGAAUCAAUUAUUCAAUAUGUAUCCAAACAGAUCUUUCUACAUGAUUGGGUUUUCAUUAGGGGCCUCUAUAUUAACUAAUUAUAUUGGUGAACAAAAUAAUAAGAUUUCUAAUCAUGUUAAAUGUGCAAUGGUAUUUGGUAAUCCGUGGGAUAUGCUUCGUUCAGAUUAUUACUUAAAUUCUUCAAGGAUGGGUUCCAAUUUAUACUCUCCAGCAUUAACUAGAAAUGUUGUAAACUUAGUGAAAAGACAUGCAAUUACAUUAUAUGAAAAGCCGGGAUUCCAAGAAAUAUAUGAGAAACAUAUUGAUUUAGUUAAAACUGCUAGUGGAUUCGAUGAUGUAUUCACUGGACCCAUGUUUAAUUAUAAAGACAGUAAAGAUUAUUACGGAGAUGCAUCAUCAUUUAAAAGAUUAGCAGGUGUACGUGUACCACUGAUUGGUCUCAAUGCCAUGGACGAUCCAAUUGCUGGUGGUGAUAAUUUACCAGAAAAGUAUAUAAUGGCUAAUCCAUUCACUAUGCUUAUUGAAACAAACAUUGGUGGGCAUUUGGCCUGGUUUAAAGGUAUAAAUGGUUCUCGUUGGUUCCCCGAGCCCGUUUGUAGAUUUUUCGAUACAUUCCAUAACGAAAUCACAUGCAAAGGGUACAGGCCUGAUAUAUCAGAGGUCCAAUUACCUCAUGAAAAAGUCAUUAAUGUGAAAACUACGAUUGAACAACCAAAAAUCUGA